AUGUCCUCGCCAGAUUCCUUGGUAAAACAGGAGAUUCUACUUAAAGUAGGGAUCUUGGCCCUGGCCUGUAUUGUUGCCUUCAUUCUCCGAUUGUUUGCUGUUAUUCGGUUCGAGAGUGUUAUCCAUGAAUUCGAUCCCUACUUCAACUUCAGAACAACAAAGUAUUUGGCCGAGAAUGGGUAUUAUUCUUUUCACAAUUGGUUCGAUGAUCGAGCUUGGUACCCAUUGGGCCGAAUUAUUGGUGGAACAAUUUAUCCGGGUAUGUUUUACCGUAUUUUUGAGUGUUUCGUCUUUAGGUCUUAUGGUUACGAGUGUGUUCAUCUACAGAAUUCUCCAUUUUUUGAGUUUUACAUUGGAUAUUAGAGAAGUUUGUGUGUUCUUGGCUCCAUUAUUUAGUUCCUUCACCGUUAUUGCGACAUACCUUCUGACCAAGGAGAUUUAUGUAAGUUAGCUUAUAUUGUUGAUGUAUGCUAUUCCUUCUUUUACCGUUUUCUUUUGAUUUUAUGAUAUUAUUUUAGUCAGAUGGAGCCGGUUUAAUUGCUGGUGGUCUGAUUGCCAUUGUUCCUGGAUAUAUUUCUCGUUCCGUUGCCGGGUCUUACGAUAAUGAAGCUAUUGCUAUUUUCUGCAUGAUCUUCACGUACUAUCUCUGGAUCAAAGCCGUGAAAACUGGAACGGUCAAAUAUGGAGCUGCCGCUGCUCUCGCUUAUUUCUACAUGGUCUCCAGUUGGGGAGGUUAUGUUUUCCUUAUCAACUUAAUCCCAUUGCACGUUCUGGCUGUUAUGAUUAGCGGAAGGUAUACUGAAAGAUUGUACGUCGCAUACAGCACUGUAAGUUCUUUUGUUUUUGUGUUUUGUGUAUAAAGAAAGAGAUGAUGGACCAUGAUUAUUUGCAGUUCUAUCCAUUGGCGACCUUGUUGUCCAUGCAAAUUCCUUUUGUCGGCUUCCAGCCCGUCUCCACUUCCGAGCAUGUUGGGGCUUUUGGAGUGUUCGGUCUGAUUCAACUUUACGCCUUCAACCUUUAUGUCAGGAGUAAAUUGACCGAACAGGAGUAUGGAGUUAUCCGUCAUGCCUUGUUUUAUGGAAUUGUGUCGGUGUUCGGAGCUCUCAUCACUUUGGGAUUACUUUUCCAGAGUAAGUUUUGGAGUAUUUUUUUUUUGGUUUUCUGCUUGUAGAUCGUUUGUUUUUUAUCGUGGAGAGGCUAAACUGUUCACGACAAUUUUGAAUAUUUUUUUUCAGAGAUCGCCCCCUUCACUGGUCGAUUUUAUUCCCUCUUGGACCCUUCUUAUGCCAAAAAUAAUAUCCCAAUCAUUGCCUCGGUCUCAGAACAUCAGCCUACCACAUGGAGUUCCUACUACUUCGAUCUUCAGUUCUUGGUAUUCUUGUUCCCAGGUAAAAUUUGAUAAAAUUCUGUUGUAUUUUUUGUACUGUGGUAUAAUAUUUUAAUUGUAGUUGGUCUCUACUAUUGUUUCAACAACCUUAACGAUGUGAACAUCUUUGCGAUCAUCUACGCCCUUACUUCGAUCUAUUUCUCCGGAGUUAUGGUCCGUCUUAUGUUGGUUCUGGCCCCAAUUAUGUGCAUCAUGAGCGGGAUCGCUUUGAAUUCUCUUCUGGCUAAUUUCUACAGAAAUCUAACUGACGAGGACAAGAAAAAAGAAAGUCAGAAGAAAGAUGCCAAAUCGGCAAAGAAGGAGAGCAAUGAAUCUUAUCCGUACAAGGAAAUUGUAAGGUUUUUUGAGGAUGGUCUAGUAUAGUAUAAAUUAUUCUGUGGUUGAUGGCCUGAACUUUUUUAGGUUGGCCAAGUUGUGAUUGGAGGGAUCUUACUGAUGCUUACCAUGUACGUCAGUCACUGUGUUUGGGUCACCUCGGAGGCCUACAGUUCUCCCAGUAUUGUACUUGCUGCCAGAGGCGGAGGAGGCGGCAGAGUCAUCUUUGACGACUUCAGAGAGGCUUAUUAUUGGCUCAGACAAAAUACGGAUGAGGUACGUGCCUUUAUAUCUAAGGUUUGAGGUUAAAUUGUGUAGUGUACUUGACCAAUUCUAUCAAGUAGAAUGUAAUUUUUCGUUUGAUUUCUUUAUUUUUGCCUCCAACGUGCUCAUCUUUUCUAGAAUGCCAAAGUGAUGAGCUGGUGGGAUUAUGGAUAUCAGUUGAGCGCCAUGGCCAAUCGGACAGUUAUAGUGGACAAUAACACCUGGAACAACACUCAUAUCAGUCGAGUUGGACAAGCCAUGGCUUCAAGGGAGGAACACUCGUAUGAGAUCAUGAGAGAAUUGGAUGUCGAUUAUGUUCUUGUCAUUUUUGGUGGAGUCACAGGCUAUUCUUCGGAUGAUAUCAACAAGUUCUUGUGGAUGGUCAGAAUCGGAGGAUCCACUCCGGAGGGUAAAUGUUACUUUUUGAGAUCUAAAUAAGGAAAUAUUUGUUAUUGAUUGGGCUUAGUUACAUGCUUUACUAUGUCUUUUUUCAGGUCAUCACAUCAAAGAGCGGGAUUAUUACACGAAAAAGGGAGAAUAUCGGGUGGACCGAGAGGGCUCCCCCACGUUGUUGAACAGUCUGAUGUACAAACUCUGCUAUUAUAAGUUCGGCCAGCUCUACACGGAACAACAUAGAGCCCCAGGAUACGAUCGAGUGAGGAACGCCGAGAUUGGAAACAAAGAUUUCGAAUUCAAACAUCUGGAGGAAGCCUACACUUCAGAGCAUUGGAUCGUCCGAAUUUACCGAGUAAAGAAACCCGCCAACAGAGGCUAA